AUGCUGGGGCGAACGCUCAGGAGGUACAGCUCUCUAAAGAGCCUCCCCAAGGAAAUCCUGAACCAACCAGUCACACGGGUGACUGAGUUACCGAACAAGCUGAAAAUAGCCACCGUCAAAAGUACGUGUGAAGUACCUACCAUAGGAAUCUGGAUCAGUAGUGGAAGUAAGUAUGAGAACAAACACAACAAUGGAGUAGCGCACUUUCUGGAACACAUGAUAUUUAAAGGGACCAAAAAGAGAAACCGAAUCCAACUGGAGAAGGAAAUUGAGAACAUGGGAGCACAUCUGAAUGCAUACACAGCGAGGGAGCAGACCAGUUACUACUGUCGAUGCUUCAAGGACGACAUAAAGUGGUGUAUAGAACUCUUAAGUGACAUACUAUCCAACAGUAUCUUCGAUGAGAAUCUAAUAAACAUGGAAAAGCAUGUCAUUCUCAGAGAGAUGGAAGAAGUUGAAAAAUCCAAGGAUGAAGUCAUCUUCGACAAGCUGCACAUGACUGCCUUUCGGGAUCAUCCUCUAGGGUACACAAUUUUAGGACCAGUAGAAAACAUAAAAAAUAUGAAUCGAGAGAACAUUAUUAAUUAUAUUAAUACGAAUUACACAUCUGACAGAAUGGUUCUUUGUGCAGUGGGUGAUGUGGAGCAUGAACAGGUUGUAAAAUUAGCUGAACAACAUUUUAGUCAUUUAAAACCUCAAGCUACUAAUAUGGGUUCUGCAUCUAAUAUAGAUAAUGUAAAACCGUAUUUCUGUGGAUCAGAAAUUAUCAUGAGAGAUGAUGAUUCAGGACCUAGUGCACAUGUAGCUGUGGCCUUUGAAGGAGUUGACUGGAAAUCCCCUGAUUCUAUCACUUUCAUGUUAAUGCAAUGCAUAAUUGGUACUUACAAAAAAAGUGAGGAAGGAAUUCUCCCUGGAAAACUCUCCGCAAACAGAACCGUUAACAACAUUUGCAAUAAAAUGACCAUCGGCUGUGCAGACUACUUUUCUGCGUUUAAUACUUGCUACAACAAUACGGGUUUGUUUGGAUUCUACGUACAGUGUGAUGAGCUAGCAGUGGAGCAUGCCUUGGGAGAGCUCAUGUUUGGAGUUACUUCUCUAAGUUAUAGCAUUACAGAUGAAGAAGUUGAGCUAGCCAAAAUACAACUAAAGACACAACUAAUUAAUAUGUUUGAAUCUUCAUCCACCCUAGCAGAAGAAAUCUCCAGGCAGAUUCUCGUGUACGGACGAAAUAUCCCCCUUGCGGAGUUCCUACUCAGGUUGGAGAAAAUUGACACCGAAGAAGUGAAGCGGGUCGCUUGGAAGCAUCUUCACGAUCGGGAGAUAGCCGUUGCCGCUAUGGGUGCUCUGCACGGCAUGCCCCAGUACUACGAUCUCAGACAGAAGACCUUCUGGCUCAGGUACUAG